AUGUCUGUCUUCGGAGAAGCAGUUGGGAUCUUCGGCAUGGUAAACACUUCCAUACACAGGAUCCACCAGGGUUUGAUACUCCUUUGCUCCGUACGAUCCUUUGCUUCAGACGCCGAUAGGCUCCGACGGGAUAUGGAGUAUGAGUUUUUCAGAUUCUUCAUGUGGGAGGAGCACUCUGACUUCAGGUUUCCUCUGCCUGGACUUGUGGGUGAGGAAGCAGAAGAUCCCUACACGUCAGCAAGAGCGAAAACACUUCAAGAGCUCCAGUCCAUUUUACCUAAAGGUGAAAAGUUUGAAGAGAGAUACAAGCUGAAGUUUGAGGAUACGGAUGAAGAAAUCAAGGACAAACCUGGUCGAAGUUGGAUUCGUCUUCCCGCGCCACUGCAACAAAAAUUUGAUACUGUCAGUGCUGAAGCAAUCAACUCGCGCAACAGUACCCUCAAAAAGCUCCGCUGGGCAAUAUUCGACAAGGGCAUUAUGACAAGACUGGUUCAGGAUGUCCAUAAUCUUAUCAGCCGACUCAUAGACAUGACAUCUAUGCUACAGCAGCGCACCAUCAUCCUGGCGCUCGAAUACCUCAUUCGAAUGACCGUUAAGUCGACCUCGAGUACGGAUGACAUCGACUUUGUCAGUCGUAUAAGCCGUCUGGAUAGCGACCUUAUGCGCCAAAGGACGGUGAAAGACACUUCAACUCUCGCGGGGCUCAAAUCCCAUCGAAUUGCAUUUGGAGUGGACGCUACAACUCCAGAAGAGGCUCAGCAAGCAGAAUUCCAGUCGUUCAUUGAUUCGAAAAAGCAGAGAAUAAAGACGCUGAAGCAUCUGAAAAGAAAGUCGACGGAAUUCGUGGUCAAAGGAGAUUGGCGACUGGGAUGCAGAGAGCUUGCAAGGGACGAAGGCCGCUCGAGCUGGGUUCUUCUUGAAAGACGAGAUGUGGAGAUGCCAAGCAAGAAAUCUGAAGCUGACCGUCGACGUCAUCAAGUUGAGAAUCUAGCGAUUCUGCUAAGUGAACUCAAGUCGCCUAAGUUUCAUACUUUACCUUUUGCUGGCUUUUACUGGGACGAUGGAAGCAUAGUGCUGGCAUACAAGUUCCCUGAGCCGCCGUUGAGCAGCUUGACCAGCGCGGGCCCUCACGAUUCUGUCCCCGACGCAGAGCCUCCACCUCACGCGGACACAGUCAGCCUCGAAGCUCUUAUUUCGGAUGUCAGAUUGGCGAAGGCCGACCCUGCAGAGCGACUUAGACUGGCAUUCGCUCUGGCUGAGGUAGUCCUCAAUCUCCACACAGCCGGCUUGCUUCAUAAACAGAUUCGAACCGACAAUGUGCUCCUUACGCCGUUCAGCAAGUCCAAGUGGCCGGCUCGUGGGUCGUUUCAAGGUCCGUAUCUCGUGGGCUACGGAUAUGCUCGCCAGAACGAUCCGCGAGAUAUUUCUGACGAGGUCCGUGAAGACCCCGAGUUGAAGAUCUAUCGACACCCACAGGCCACGGGACAAGGUCAGCAAGAACGUCAACCAUUCUGCCCUCGAUUUGACUUGUAUUCUUUGGGGGUGGUAUUGGUUGAAAUUGCAUUGUGGAAGCCUCUCAAAUGGAUCAUGCCCGAGACAUUUGACAAGAUAACGCGUCAAACUAUCUACACACAUUCGGAUGUACUCAAUGAAAUGGCGAAAGGCGGUACGAGAGAUUCUAUCGAAGCUGAAAUCAGAUCCUCGAUGGGACCAGACUUUGCCGGAGCUGUGGGUUUAUGCUUGAAUCCUGACACUUUUCUCAAUUCUGAGGAGCCAAAUGACGCCGUGGACAUAGAUGAAUAUCUCGAACACUCGAUCGACUUGCAAGAAGAGGUUGUCAUGAAACUUCGGGCCCCGGAAGCGACAAAUCGAUGA